AUGCCCAGACCCGCCAAGCUCUCCAUGCCCGAGCAUACACUGACGUACCCCACUCAUGGAACCAACGAUCUACUUCUGUUCUGUGCUUGGAAUACUCAGUGGUGGGAGCGGAUUGUUGCCUUUUCUAACGUCCUUACUUGGUCGUUGAACGUUUUCGUCAUUGCAUCCAUCGGCUGUAUGAUUGUUGCCUUCAUGAGCCAACCCUGGUGGCUUAUUAUGUGUUUCGCUGGUGUCAUGAUUAUUCCCCUGCUUUACUAUAUCGUCAUGGCUACUUGGUUGCCCCGAAACCUUCGAGAGCGAGCCCAGUUCCUCCUGGGUCUUGCUAUUUUUGUCUUCCUUGGGCCUUUCCUUAACAUUGCUGUCAUGAUCUACGCUGUGAUCAACAUGGACAACUUCGGCUGGGGUAAGACUCGAAAGGUUGUAACUGAUGACUCUGAGGAGGAAAUGUCGCAACAAAAGGAGGGUGUUAUCUCUGGCAUCACCAGCUCGGGAGAGUCAAAGGAGAAGACUGCUGCAAAGGCUGUGUAA